AUGGCUCGCCGUACCGUCACGGUCAAUGGCACUCACACCAACGGCGAUGCGCCGCCACCAUCCACGCUGGCAGCACAAAUAGUGCAAAACCAUGGCGAAACAGCCACCUUCGGGGACAUGCUCCAGGAAAUGCUGAGCGAUCAGGCUGCCGCUCAAGAAAGUGAUCCUCAUGUGAAUGCUCAGCUUGUCAGCGUACUACUCCAGGCUGGGCUUUUGCCACUUACUACCGAUAAUCCGUUCGCGAACACGGAGGAUCUACUGCAGCAAGCCAAGGACAGCAUUACAGUCAUCGAGAGGACACUGAAGCGACAGCCAGAGGUUGCGAUAACGCAGUUGUCGUCAGAUGGGCCACAGCUAUUUCUCAGUCUACUGGCCACACUUGCUUCGUUAUGCGGCCGGCCAAAGUGUCAAGAUCUCCGCGUGCAUCCAUUGCUGAGCUCAAUAUGUACAGGACUCGACAAAUCCCUUCAUACUUGGAAGCAAGCUCACGUGUUGCGCGAGAUCGUCCAGGAGAGCGUUGAUGAUGCUCUCUUUGCUCUCGAAGCAUUGACAGCCACAAACAUCCAGGUCACCUUGACAUUGCCUCCCGCCAGAAGUGUCGGUAAGCUCUGGUCACACGGCGAGAACAGCAUUACUGCGCCUCCCGGCACUACUGCUACGAUCCACGAUGCUCAUAGAGCCCUGAUGGUAGCAAUAGAGCUAUCACUGGUCGAUGGUCUUGUCAGGCCUUGGUACCAAGAGACAAAUCUGAGGCUCCAACAAGUAGCAUUCAAGCUCAGGUCACACCUGGAAAAGGUCGAGCUCUGGCAGCACGUCCUGCAGCAUCUCCAACGCCUGGGUGACAGCGACAACAACGAGAUCAUAGCACCUCUGCUUCGGGAAACCACGAAGACACAAGAUGUCGUCAUGGGCGAUGAUGAUAAUCUUUCGACAGCUUUCCAGCAGCAGUGCAUGCUGCACCCUGGAACCAUUCGACGUAGGAAGCCUCCCAAGCGCCGGAAGAUAUCAAUCGAAGGCCUGAUUGUGCACGCCACAAAUGCUGCACAACGUACAGCUUGGCUUGCUGGAGGCCCCGAAACAGCACAGGCACUGUACGUAACGAUGUCAGACCAAGACAAAUGCACCGCCUGGCAGUCUCUAGCAGACCACGCACAGCAUGACUUGGCCGUGGCAGUCGCAACAGUCUCGAAACUUAUCACUUUGCCUGAGCUUCACGACACAAAGCGACCGAGAGUGCUAUCAAUGUCCGCCGUGGCGGCUUGUGCGCAGCAUCUUAACAACAAGCAAGGGAUCACGCUUGGAUCCUCCGAGCUUGGGAAGUAUUGCCUUCAGAAUCUGCACAGCUCAAGCCGUGAAUUACGAAUUGCGGCCAGUCGCGCACUACCUGCUUUCCUCCGACAUGACCUGGACGCAGAAGUACGCGAUACCAAUCGACAUUUCGCACUCGAAUGCCUACGAACCUUAUCCGAUCGUGAUGUAGCCAGCGAGCAAGAAACCCUUAUAGUUGCUUGGGGUCAAGUGGCGAUUGCCUGUGGUGAUCGAGAGCUCAACCUUGUUUUACUGCGCUUGGUGGACUACCUGGGUCACUCGAACAACCUAAUCUGUGGACUGGCGGCGGCAGAAAUUGAAAACAUUGCAGCAGCUAAAUGUACUACUGUAAUGGAGAUGUUUCAGCCAUUUUGGCGUUCCAUUGCCGUGUCUGCAGUGCAGGACCUGCCGACCAGGCCGAACAAGACGCAGCAGUUGUGCGACCUGCUCAACACAGACGUGGAUUCCUUCUUGAGCAUGACGCAACGCGACACCUUGCCGGCUUUGGUCCUUGCGAAGAAGCAGGAUAUCGUCCAGAGAAUCGCACAUGCAGCUGGGAGGGACUCUAUCCGUAAUGUCUGCCUGCAGCCAAUCACAAAUCUGGCUUCGAUCUUAGCGGUGCUGCUUAUGCAGUCAUCUGGCGACGUUGAGGACUCUGUCUUUGGAUGUCUCACAGCUGUCGAUUCUGCCUUCAAGGAUGUGGAUCUGGCCAGUUUGAUCAGACUCGAGCCUGUCCAAAUUGCUUGCGAGCUGCUGAAGCUUUGUGCAGAUGAGACCGACACCAGGAAGUCCAGAGCAUACCAGGCUUUCCAAAAUUUUGCAAACAUAGAGCAAGCAGCCCAAGGGCAGCGCAGGGCUCACGCAAAAGCCAGCCGAGCUGUUAUAGCACUUUUUGACAAACAUAUCCUCGGCAUACUGACGAACUUCUCGACCAUACUGGAGACUGGUCCAGAUUUUGUCGCGGACAAGAUACGUUGUCUCAAAGGCAUCGAAGAGAUCUUUACUCUCACCAAAGGCAAUAUCUCGGUUGCUCUGCCACAGAUUCGUGCCUGCUUGCAUGUCGGAUUGGACCAGCCAGCACUACAUGAAGUGGCAUUUGGCGUCUGGCUGUCACUUGUUGACUGUCUGUUACAAAGCGAAGACGUGGCGGAGAUCGUUGACGAGACCUUUGUGCUCAUAGUACGAUACUGGCCAACAAUAUCCGAUGACAUGCGGCAGAAGGUCCACGACUCGGUCAGCUCGUUGGUCAAGGCCCACAACAUCACGCUGACCGAAAACAUCAUGACGCUUCCGUCAUUGCACAGUUGUACACCACUGCUGAACAAGUUCGCUGCCGAGUUCCAGCGCCUCAAAGAUCAGGAGAGUGUCGAGAGCCAUUGCAAAGCAUUCACCCGGCGCCUGCGUGCGGAAAGCGACAAAGUCGUCCAGCAGGCUUUGGUCGAGCUCGUGCCUUACCUCGACAUCAAUCAGGCUUUUGUGCACGAGCAGGCUGCCAGCGAACAUCCAUCCGUGGUACUGCCGGAAUUGCUGCGUGCGCUGCUUGAUGUGACGGUCAAGUACUCCACUGUCAAUGAGCAGGCAGCUGAGCUCUGUGGCAAAGCACUUGGCAUCAUAGGAUGUGUUGAUCCCAACCGCGUUGAGGCAACGCGCAAGAAGAGACAGGUUCUGGUAUUGUCCAACUUCGACACUGCCAGCGAGGUCAUCGACUGGAUCCUGGCGCUUUUCGAAGACGUGCUGGUCAAGGCGUUCAAAUCGGUAACGAAUGCCAAAGCUCAAGGGAUUCUGGCAUACACCAUGCAAGAGCUGCUAUCGUUCUGUAACUUCGGCGAACUCUCUCAGUUACGACCGCGUGCCUCUCAAGCACCAGAAGCCUAUCAGAGAUGGUACAACUUGCCAGAGCACGUUCGCACGACACUGACACCAUUCCUCAGCUCGCGAUACUUUGUCGUGCCCAAUAAAGAUCUCGGACCACCUAACAGAGCUUACCCAGGCUUCUCGCUCGAUAAUAGUCACGACAAGUGGCUGCGGUCGCUCGUGUUCGAUCUGAUGCACAAGGCGAAAGGAGACAACGCGAAAGCUGCCUUUCCAUACGUCGCACGUCUCAUUCGAUACCAUGAUCUAGCAAUAGCGAGAUUCGUGCUGCCAUACGCAAUACUCAACGUUGUAAUCGGCGGCACCGUACCGGAGGUCCAAGGCCUCACCAACGAGUUCUUGGCAGUCCUGAGUUGCCGUUCAACUUUGCCGCAACAUCAAGAAUGCAUUCGACUGUGCAGUGAAAGUGUCUUUGGCGCACUGGACUAUCUCGCGGUAUGGUUACGGGGCAAGAAACAGCAGCUCGCUGCUACACGCACUGAAGCUUACAAAACUGGCCUAUCACCCACGGAAUUCGAUGAAGCACGAGACAUGGGACAGAUCGAGACCGUUGAAUCCUUCCUGGCCUCGAUUCCAGCCGAUGUCAUCGCAGAGCAGGCUGUGGACUGUCGCUCCUAUUCCCGUGCACUCUUUCACUGGGAGCAGCACAUCCGCAAGAAGAGAUCGCUAAUCCCAUCGCCUCGCAUGACGGAGCAGCACGAGAUGCUGUACGACAAACUACAGGAUAUCUACUCGCAGAUUGACGAGCCUGAUGGUCUAGAGGGUCUCGCUGUCAGACUUCCGAUCAUCAGUGACGAGCAGCAGGCUUUCAACCACGCCAAGUCUGGGCGAUGGACGGCAGCGCAAGCCUGGUACGAAUUGCAGCUGGCCGAACAGCCCACGAGCACAGCCCUGCAGCAAAGUGUCCUACACUGCCUUCAAGAGACUGGCCAAUACGCUUCAUUGCUCAGUUAUGCUAAAAGCUUCCCGAAGGAAGGCGACAGUGCUCAGGCACAUCUAGCUUCGGUGGCGCAAGCAAGCUGGAUGGUUGAAGACAUCGAGAGUCUCAGCACGAGCGUUAAGCUCCAGAACGAGAACAACCAUCAUGACUUCAACAUAGGCAUCGCAGACAUCUUGUUGCGUGUCGGAGGCCGCUCCCCGGAGCUGUUCGAGGCCAGAGUCAGCCAGCUUCGCAAGUCCGUCACAGAGAGCCUAUCGAUGGCAAGCACAGAUUCGCUACAGUUGUGCCAUUCUGAGCUGUUAAAGCUGCAUGUACUGCACGAAGUCGAAGUCAUGGCGGAUUGCGAUCCAAGCAAGGGCCUAGAUCUGCUGAAGUGUCUGGAUAAGCGUCUCACCGAGGUAGGCUCCUACGUCCAGGACAAACAAUAUAUUCUUGGUGUUAGGCGAGCCAUCAUGCGACUGCGGCCUUCGCAAUUUCCAUUGCCUCACGUGGGAACUCUUUGGCUUACUACCGCACGUCUGGCUCGUCAAGCUAAGAAUACCAGCAACUCUUACAAAGCUACAUUGAAAGCUUUCGAUUGUGGUCUGCGUGAAGCGAGGCUGGAAGAAGCGAGACUGCUUUGGCACGAGGGCCACCAGAGACAGGCUGUUCAGCUGCUGGAGAAUGCAAUCGAGUCGGGCAUGGUCACGGAUGACAAUGUCGAGGCGGACAUAAUGAUGACGGAUGUUAGCAACAGCACGAAGGGAUCCGCAAGCGAGAUUAAUGGUUACAAGCAGGAUCGUCUGAACGCAAGAGCUGUCUUGCUUCUAGCAAAAUGGCUGGACGCUUCUGGACAAAGCCAAACACAGGAUAUGUCUGAUCGUUAUCAACUCGCUGCAAGACGCUGCCAGCGCUGGGAGAAGGGCCACUAUUAUCUCGGCAAACACUACGGCAAGUUGCUCAAUGCUCAAAAGGCACUGCCAAAAGACAAGCAGAGCCAAAGUUUCGCCACAGGUGAGCUUGUGAAGCUGGUCAUCGACAACACACUACGAUCGAUACCUUUUGGCAACAAGUACUGGCACGAGACGAUACCUCGAGUACUCACCUUGUGGAUGGAGCUUGGAUCUCACUGCAUCAAGAAGGAGCCUAGGGAAAGCGCCGAGAUGUUCGACAAGCGAAUCAAGACUCUUCAAGUCACCAACAAGCAGCUUCAGAAGUACUUUGAGAGGGUUCCGCCAUACGUGUUCUACCACGCUCUGCCGCAGCUCAUAUCUCGCAUCACGCAUCCGCAUCCGGAAGUGUGGAAACAGCUGUGUAACAUCUUGACGAGGAUCGCUUCAUCUCAUCCAAGCCAAGCUCUCUGGAGUAUACUUGGUGUUGUGAGGUCGGCUGACCGCACCAGGAUUGAACGUGGCACGGAAGUGCUUAACAAACUCAGAGACCCCAAGACGAAGCCCAAGAACUUGGACGUCCAUGGCGAUCUAAAAACGCUCAUCCACCAAGGACAGCGUUUGUGCGAUGGCUUACUGCAAGCGAGUGAAGCACCUGUCGAGCCUCGGGCGGUGAAGGUCAAGUUGGGUAAGGACUUGGGCUUCAAUCAUAAGCUCGCUCCAAGUCAACUAGUGGUGCCCGUUGAAGCCACAUUGACUGCAUCGUCGCCAGCUACAGCGAACAGCGAGACGAUUCGGCGCCACAGAUCUUUCGCUCAAGACAAGGUGACCAUACAGGCCUUCACCGAUGACGUGCUGGUGCUGAACUCACUGCAGCGGCCACGAAAGAUAACUGCACGUGGCUCUGAUGGCAAGCUAUAUGGUCUACUGUGCAAGCCGAAGGAUGAUCUUCGAAAGGACCAAAGGCUGAUGGAGUUCAACGGCAUCAUCAAUCGUGCUCUCAAGCGAAAUACUGAAAGCAGCAAGCGGCGACUUUACAUCAAGACGUACGCAGUGACGCCACUCAGCGAAGAGUCCGGUACCAUUGAAUGGGUCGAAGGCAUCAAGCCGAUCAGAGACAUCUUGCUCAGCCUUUAUGGAUCGAAAGGCAUCCGACCGAACUACAAUGAGAUCAAGAAAGAUCUUGACAUGGCAUCUUCUGCUCCUGAACAUGCCCACAUCUUCGGUGAGAAGGUGCUCAACCAGUUCCCGCCUUCACUACAUGAGUGGUUCACGGAGACGUAUCCUGAACCUGACGCAUGGAUGGCAGCUCGUUUGCGGUACGCGCGUUCGGCGGCAGUCAUGUCUAUGGCAGGGCACAUCCUCGGACUCGGGGACCGUCACGGCGAGAACAUUCUGCUGGAAGAAGGGACCGGUGGAGUCUUCCACGUCGACUUCAAUUGCUUGUUCGACAAAGGCCUUACGUUCGAGAAGCCGGAGCUUGUGCCGUUCAGGUUGACGCCGAACAUGGUCGACGCAAUGGGUCCAUAUGGCUACGAAGGCCCCUUCAGGAAGUCAUGCGAGUUGACGCUAAGUUUGCUGCGACAAGAACGCGACACAUUGAUGACUGUGCUGGAGACAUUCCUGUACGAUCCCACUACCGACUUCGUGGGCAAGAAGAAGCGAUCGACUGCAGGGGUUCCAGAGACGCCGGCAGAAAUCCUGGAAAGCGUCUCGACCAAGCUGAAGGGUCUGCUACGUGGAGAAUCGAUCGUACUGAGUACCGAAGGUUAUGUCGAUGCUCUGAUCCAGGAAGCUGUGAGCCACUUCAAUCUGGCGAGCAUGUACAUCGGCUGGUGCUCGUUUUUGUGA